AUGACCGGUGUAGGCGAAGCAUCUGCCAUAAUCGGCAUCGUCUCAGCCGUCAUCACAUUUAUUGACGCCGCCAAAAAGGUCUACGAUGCAGCUGAAAAUGCAGGAGAUCUACCCGCCGCCUUUCGCGAAGUCGCCCAGCGUCUCCCUCUCAUUCAGGAUACCUUGAAAAUCAUAGAGGCACAACUUGAAAAAGACAAGCUCGAUAAAGCUACAUAUGAAGCAAUAAAGAGCACCAGCGAACGAGCCAAGACCAAAGCCGAGCAACUGAAGGUGAUCUUUGAAAAAUGCAUUCCAGUGGAAGGCGCAUCGAGAUACGCGCGAUAUGUUGCUGCGCUGCGAACCUUGGGGAAAGAGCAUAAAGUUGAAGUGUUGAUGAAAGAUUUGCUGGGGGCUGUGCAGGACAUCGCGAACGGUCAGACAAUGAGGACUGCCACGCGGGAGCAAAUCAUCAAGCUUUCUGAAGCACUGGAUGCGGUUUUGGCAGUAGAGCCGUCGGUACCAGACGAGUUCAUCGAAGGGGCGUCAGCUGCGAGCCGCAAUGUUCAUAUGGGCCAAGGCGAUAUGUAUUCAGCAGACGGACAAGCAGAACAAUUCAACGCCAAAGAUAACGCGAGACAAUAUAAAGCAGAGACGAUGAAUUUUGGAAAGGAUUAA